CAGCGGCAGAAGACGAUUGGUUGCAACUUGCGUCACUGGACGUAACAAAGUAGUCUGUACAGUCUGUACCGUUUCUACUGUAUGGCUGUAUCCUUGUUUGAUGGUAAACAAUGUCAUGGGACAGGCAUUGUGUAACGUUAUUCAGAAAAAUAUAACGCUGUACGCAAAAUACACCGCUUACCAAUUCAACAAAAGUGGGCAAGGAAUUAUUACACCUUUUCAUAAGGAUGUUUUAAGUGGCGCGUGACAGUAUAGUUUUUGUUCCUCGUGCAAAUCUACCUACUUAAUUAGUCGAACGUUACAUCUCUACCUAGCAACACACAUUUUGCUAGCUAACGUAGCUUUACCAAUGUGAACUUUUACACUGGCAUUAGUAUAGUGUUUAUUGUUUCACUGUUCGUUUUUUGAUAGAUACAGCUGUUGAAAAUGAAUUGGGUCGGGGGCUCAAGGAGCAGGGUUGUUGUGAAGAAUGAUGCAAAAAAGCAGAGGGAGUUUUUUGAAAAGAGGAAAAUGCAACAGAAGUUGAAAAACUUGGGAAUGGCUCUACCUGCAUCUCCAAAAGGAACUAGUGCUGGGAGCAUGGACCUGGUGACAUUAUUUAUCGUCAACCAGAUUGCUUCAAAGAAAGAAAUUACAGAUCCUCCAAAAGUGGCGGUUCUUGGCAGCUAUAAAGGAGGAUCCAAGCAUAGGAGAAAUGAGCUGCUGGUUCUCCCAAUGAGCCCUGGCUCUCCUUCACAGCUGAGUCUUGUCGAGGGCCAACCUGAGUACAGUGUUCAAGGAAUUAGGAAAAGAAAGCAUGUUAUUCCACAAGGCUUCAAGUGUCGGCAGUUGUCACCAGUGCUGGAGUCAGCUUACUCAGACAACAGUGCAUCUGACUAUCUUCCACCCAUCACCGACCCCCUCAGCCCCUUCUCCACUUCCUCAGCUUCUUCAGGCCAAGGUUUAUUCCCCCUGCAGAUGAACCUCCAGCAGAGAAGCCAGAUGCAGCUUCCCCACUGCUCCCCCCCACCAUGGGACACCUCAGGGCUGAAGCAGACCAAGUUUCAGCCUUUCUCCCUGCCAAGAGUAAUGGAGAACAGUAUCUCGUGGUCCUGUGGAUCAAAGACCCCUCUCUACCAGUUGAAAACCCCCACAGCUGCAGAAGUCCUGUUUGGAAGUCCAAAGCCAGACAACACAGAGGCGAUGGACCAAGCAAGACGUGAUGUCUCCUUCUCCCUUAGCCAACCAGAGGGCGAGGAGGCCAUGUUGGACUUCACCCUCAACCAAUCAGAAACUGAGCAGCAAUUUGAGGGAGAGGUCUUCAGAGGCUUCAGUACUGAAGAAUGUGAAGAAGAAGCUAAACACUUCUUAAAACCUGCUCAUUACGGGAGAGGUCCAUCAAAGAUUUAUCUGGAAGACGAAACACCAGCCGAAUCCUCACAAACUGUCCCUGACUCUCAGUGUAUGGAAGUGGAGGACAGUGACCUCAUACAUUUCUCCAACUGCACUGACAUGAACCUUUCAUGUCUUGAACACAACAAGGUCCUCAUGAAUGGCUGCGAAUACUCGCCAAGUUACUCUUGCAGGAGAGGUUACCUCAGUUCAGACUCAGAUGAUGGGGAAGAAUGCUGUCAGCCAUAUCUUCAGGCUUCCUCUUCGUAUAUUGACCCGGCCUGUUGUGCAGAAAGCUUAAACCCAAACCCGGUCUCACAGGGGAAUCCAGAACAAAGGCACACAAAGCCCCGCCCCCUCACCCCGCUCCUGAAACCCCAAAGCUUCAGAGAUAAACAGACACUUAUGGAAAACAUAUCUUUCCCAGUUCCUUCCCCUCAAGCCCAGCGCUCCGAGAUGUGCAAAUGCCAGAAAAGAGCCAAUGAAACUCGAGACGCUGGAACUCAAACUGCUGCUGUGACAUGUGACGCUGAGACUCAGUGCAGCGCUGUUGAAGACGGUGUAACCGCCGAGUUUAACUGGUGUGUGCCACCUGUUGAUGUGUCAGUGCUGCAUCCCCCCACAGGGAGGCAGACUGACGCUGCCGCAGAGAAGACGCACACCGCUUCAACAGGCAAGGCUACAAGUGGAGAGAAGCUCACGCCCUGGGUGAAGAAGAAACCCAAGGCUGGUUCCCUCUCAGACAGCAGCAUUAUAAACAAUAUUGAUGGGAAAGUGAUCCUACAGACACAUUUUCUAGAUGCUCUCAGCGUGACAGAUGGCAGAGGUAAGGGCAGGGAUGAGGGAGAGCGACAGGAAAAUGGCCGCCUGGUGAAGGAUCUCUAAUGAAGCGAGGGAGGAGGUCAUAUCUGCCAGCAGGGCUAACAGACUCUCAGAAGAAGCAGAGACACUUCAGGAAAUAGCGGACAUACUGCUCCUGCUCAGACAGAGGAAAGAAGUCAUGUAGAUGCCUGAAAGCAGAAAGAAAACAUGCCUGUUCUGUGCAUUUAUUCAAGAGCGUUAACAGUUUAUUUAAGCGUAUUCAGUGUUUGUUCUAAGACGCAUUGUGAAAUAAAGCCCCAAGGCGUUACUCUGA